AUGGCACGCUCUCUGUACGAGUGGCUGUGGCAGCAUGAGUUCUGGCUGCCCCCAGGAAUCACCUGGGAGGACAUGCAAGAGUCUGAAGAUGUUCGUUACCCUCAGCCUCGUGAUCUCCUGCUCAGUAUCCCUUUUGCUUUCAUCUUGGUUGUCAUUCGAUAUGCCUUUGAAAGAGCCAUAGCCCUGCCCCUCAGUAGCAAACUGGGUGUGAGAGACAAGCAGAGACCAAAAGCUCAGCCGAACCCCAUGCUGGAAACAUUCUACAGUACACGCUGCAAGAACCCUGAAGAGGGUGAGCUGAUCACUUUAGCCAAACAGUGUGACCUGCCGGUGAGGAAGGUGGAGAGGUGGUUCCGGCGCCGGAGGAACACAGACCGACCCAGCCUGUCAAAGAAGUUUUGUGAGGCCUGCUGGAGGUUUACAUUUUACAUCAUUUCUUUCUUCACUGGACUUGCUGUCCUGUAUGAUAAGCCUUGGCUUUGGGACCAUAGAGAGUGCUGGACAGGAUAUCCACAACAGCCUCUCCAACCCUCCCUGUUCUGGUACUACCUGCUGGAGCUCUCCUUCUACUGGUCACUGGUCUUCACCCUGCCCUUUGAUGUGAAGAGGAAGGACUUCAAGGAGCAGAUAGUCCACCAUGCUGCAACCAUCUUCCUGAUCAGUUUCUCAUACUGUGCGAAUUACAUCCGCAUUGGGACGCUGGUGAUGGUGAUUCAUGAUGCUGCUGAUUGCUUCCUAGAGCCAACUAAGAUAUUCAAUUACAUGAAGUGGAAAAAAACUUGUGACAGCCUCUUUAUGAUCUUCUCAGCUGUUUUCCUCAUCAGCCGCCUGGUCAUUUUCCCCUACACAGUGCUCUAUAACACCUACUAUUACUCCAUGGAGAUAUUCCAACCCUUCUUUGGAUACUACUUCGUGAAUGCUCUCCUGAUAAUUCUGCAGCUGCUCCAUGUCUUCUGGUCCUGCCUAAUUAUGCACAUGGUCUACAAGUUCAUCCUCCAGGGCACGAUGGAAAAGGACAUGAGAAGCGACACAGAAGAAAGCGACAAGGAUCAAGAAAGAGAAAAUAUUAAGGAAAAGGAGAAAAAUGGGAUCACGUAUUUCAGCAGCGUCACAAGCAACAAUUACAUCCAGAGGAAUGGGUCUGAGCCACUGAACAACAGAACCCACCUCACCAAUGGCCAUGUCAAGGAGAGAUAGCUACUGUUCCCAUGCUUCUCAUCUGGUCUUUGAUGACUCCAGUCCACCGCCUUUAGAAACAGUUUUGCUCAUUGUGUAGAUGAAAUGGAGUGCAAUUGCAGAUAGCUGAAUUCCU